AUGACUGUAUCCUGGUUCUUCAUUCCAGGAGAUGGUCACAGCUUUGAGAUUGUGAAUGAAGAAGACUUUUGCAAAGAAAUACUGCCAAAAUACUUCAAGCAUAACAAAAUAUCCAGCUUUAUACGACAGCUCAAUAUGUAUGGUUUCCGAAAAGUGAUUGCACUGCAGAGUGAAAAGACUAGCGAGAAGAAAUUAUCUCUGGAAUUUCAGCAUCCACUCUUCAAAAAAGGAGGAGCCUGUCUUCUUGAAAACAUUAAGCGAAAGGUAUCAACAAUAAAAAAUGAAGAUACCAGCCUCUACUCUAAUGAGUUUCAGAAAAUUCUGACUGAGAUGCAAGAGAUUAGAAACAUACAGAGCAACAUGGAUGCCAGAUAUGCACAAAUGAAACAGGACUAUUCAGACCUAUGUCUUGAAAUCACAAACCUAAGGAAAAAGUACUGUGAGCAACAGCAGCUGUUAACACAGAUACUCCAGUGUAUCUUGGAUUUGAUAAGUGGAAACCAUACAGGCCUAAAAAAGAGGAAAAGGUCAUUAUCAUUUAUACCUGGAGCUUCAGAUUCUGAAUGGGAUCAUCAGUAUUUCCAUAUUCCAGAUGACAAGAAGAAAGAAGCUAUGGAGAUAGUAAAAGAUGGUUACGAACUCGUUGAAGACAAAUGUAAAAGUCUCCUUGAUAGAGUUUUACCAAUUUUGAAAGAAUCCAAAAACUUAAUUUCAUCUGUAGACCAGCCAAGUGGAGAUGAUGGAAAAGACCCUAACAUGCCAGUUCCGGACAUACCUAUGAAUGAAGAGUCACUGACCAUUCAGUUGGAUUUGACCAUACCAUUUUUCCAAGAACAAAUAACUGAAGAAUGCUUUGUACAGGACCCAAAGGAUUUUUCUUUGGAAUUAGAGCUUUCUCCUCUGGAUUCAAUUUUGAUUGCAGAACAAUCAGAUACUCUGUGUAACAGUAUAAUGAACAGGAAUAAAAUGCAUCAUACUGAAGGAAACUUGGUAGAACUAAAUUCAUUAUUAUCUAGGAAGGCAGUGAAUUAUGACUUUGAUCAUUUCAGUGAGAGUGUAAGUCUAAUGGAAAACAAAGGAGAAAGAAGUCUGCUUGAAGCCAGUGGGGAAAAAGACAAACAUGUGAAACAAUGCAUGGAAAAACCCCAGCUUUUACUAUUAGAUGGUACACCAAUAUGUGAUUUUGGAGAAAAUCUUCAAGAUUCUAAUGACCUCCUUUUGGAUAAUCUGAAGAAUCCAUCAAAUGUCCUAUCAGCCUUAUGUGAUCAUGAUUAUGUAGCCUUCAAUAUUUCUACUACACAAGAAGAUACUGCAAAUACUACUGAAAAUAUUGUUCCCCAGUUAUCUGCAAAAGCCAGUGAGGAAGCCAGUGCAUUCUCAUUUCUCUUUCUCAAUCCUGUUACUAAUAGUUUUUGAAGAGCAUGUUAAACUUAAUCUUCUAUUAGAAUUUAUUUUGAGUUUCAGUGAAUCUCACUUUCUGCUAGGAGAUAGAUAUUCCAUGGAUGUUGGGUAGUGUAUCUGUUUUCAUCUUGUAACUUCUGUAACUUAAAAAUAUGUUAAAAUUACUAUCUCCCAGUAUCAAGACAAGCUUUGACAACUAAGAUGAAAUUCAAACCACAAAAGAUAAGGAAUAUAUUUAACUUUUGAAAUAACAAAAAUUUAGUUUUUUUAUUUUA